CGAAGCCCUGGUCUUCACUACCCCCUGGUCCAAGUCGGACUAGGACAGCCUGGUAUGGUCCAGGUUGGACUAGGACAGGGUGGUCUGGUCCCUAUGGGACUAGGACCUUCUCCCUCCUCCCCUCUACCCUGUCCGUCACCAGUCUCUUCAAUACUAUCAGGGUCAUCCAGGUCGAGUUCUAUGCAAGCUUGGAGUGCCCGUCAGGCCAAAACCCAUUCUCCAAUAAUCAUGCAGUCAGUUAAAUCAACCCAGGUUCAGAAACCGGUUUUAAUGACUGCUUGUGCACCAACUAGUCCAGUAGACGGAGCUCCGCCGUCCAACCUUCUACCCGCCGUACCCAGGGGGGCGGUUACCGGCCAAUCCGCCGUUGUAACGACGAAUAUAGUGACUGGUGUAGUGACCGGUGUCGCUACAGGAGUUUCAACUUCUAUGCCCCCUCCGCCCCCGCCCUCAUACGCCCAGUCAAUUCAGCAAAAACAGUCUCAGCCUAGUACGCCUAUCCCUCCCUCCCCCUUGCUUAACCCUUCCCCAAUUCCUACCACACCACUUCCCUCCUCUAAUCCGCCUUCAUACAACGCCUCGAUACAGGCCAAACAUGCUGCAAUACAACGGGCUCUCUCUCCUCAGAUCGGAGAUCUUCCGCCCCCGCCGCCUUAUCCGUCCACAGCUGUCCCCCGAGCUGGAGAUGAAGGGCUGGUGCCCGCUACCCCGGUCCUUGCCCGAGGAUCCCCGGUCAUAAAUACCGCCAAGGUUGUGCCCGCAAGUAAUGCAAACCUAGUCCGUAGUAUAGAAGUGAAAAGUCCACUUCAAAGAAAAUAUUCUCCGCAUAUGUCGGAAACUAGUUCUACCUCUCGGAGUGAUAGUCCUGUCUCCGCAGCAUCAGACUGUCCUACGGUUAGUGCUAGUCCUGUAUCCUUUAUAUCCUCUACCACACCUUCAUCUACACAAUCAGAUACCACUCCAGAGGGGGAGAACCCACCCCCGGUCCCACCCGCAGGGGGCAAUGAGAUGCCUCCGCCCCCACCUCCUUACAAAACCACUCAUCACACAUCUCCCAUCCCAGAGAGAAAGAGUUAUUCUCGAGAGAAGGAAGAGUCCAGAUUAGAAUCUAAAAUUAGAAACUGCCCUCCACAAGCUUUCAAAUUCUACAUGGAACAACAUAUAGAAAAUGUGAUAAAAACCUCAGAGGAUCGGCGGAAGCGGCGAAUGCAGCUGGAGAAGGAAAUGCUGCGGAUAGGACUGGCGGAAGAAGCUCAGGAACAAAUGCGGAAAAUGCUCUGCCAAAAGGAGUCUAAUCAUCUGCGUGCCAAACGGUCUAAAAUGGAUAAAACUAUGUUUAAAAGGUUGAAAACAAUUGGAAUUGGUGCUUUUGGAGAAGUCGCCUUGGUCCGGAAGGUUGACAGUCCCCAACUGUGGGCGAUGAAGACUUUGAAAAAGGUUGAGGUGUUAAAGAGGAAUCAGGUGGCGCAUGUCAAGGCGGAGAGAGAUAUUCUAUCCGAGGCGGACAAUGAAUGGGUGGUUAAACUCAUGUAUUCGUUUCAGGACCGGGACAACCUGUAUUUUGUGAUGGAGUAUAUUCCCGGGGGGGAUCUAAUGUCUCUUCUCAUCAAAUUUGGAAUAUUCUCUGAGAACCUGGCCAGGUUUUACAUCAGUGAGUUGGUUUGUGCUGUGGACAGUGUUCAUAAAAUGGGUUUUAUUCACAGGGAUAUAAAACCUGAUAAUAUCCUCAUAGACGCAAACGGGCAUAUAAAGCUCACAGAUUUUGGACUCUGCACUGGGUUCAGAUGGACUCAUAACUCAAAAUAUUAUCAAAAUAACGAUCUGACCGGGCAUAGUCGCCAGGACUCAAUGGAUCCUGGAAAUCUAGAUCUAGACUCAGGUCGGUGUUCCUGUCCCAGCUCCACAAACAGUAUGAAACCCUUGGAGCGAAGACGAAAAAGGGAGCACCAGCGUUGUCUUGCCCACUCCCUAGUUGGGACCCCUAACUAUAUUGCCCCUGAGGUUCUCCUACGCCAGGGGUAUACCCAGCUCUGUGAUUGGUGGAGUGUUGGGGUCAUCCUGUUCGAAAUGCUGGUCGGUCAACCACCUUUCCUAGCUAACUCUCCGGCUGAAACUCAAUACAAGGUGAUUCAUUGGGAUCAGUACAUGCAUAUCCCGUCUUCUGCAGGCCUGAGUCCUGAAUCUAAGGAUCUAAUAUUCUCCCUGUGUACUUCUCCUGAUAGAAGAAUAGGAGCUAAUGGCACUGACGAGAUUAAAAAGCAUCGAUUCUUCAGUUCUGUGGAGUUUACGGCAGGGUUGCGCAGCAAGGAGGCGCCCUAUAAGCCCAGUAUUCUCUUUGAUACGGAUACGUCAAACUUUGAUCCCAUUGAUCCGGAUAAACUCCGCAAUGAUGACGAGAACAACGAGAUGGAUGAGAAUAAUCGGGAUUAUCACGGUUUUUAUGAAUUUACAUUUCGAAGAUUUUUCGAUGAUGCCGGACACCCAUACCCUACUUCCUCCAGUUCGUCUUCAUACACCAGACAGACGACAGACGAUAAUGAGAAUCCGUCAGGCCCCGUUUACGUAUAGUUUGCAAAAAUUUAAUUUUAAUCUAAAAGCAAUUCUGUACUCGGUAGCCCAGUGAAUUAGCCAUGAACUUUUUAAACAACUUUCAAGAGCGCCAUUAUAUGAAUCUAAUAUUAACAGAAAUCUCUAUUCAUAAACAUAAAAUGCAAUCGUUAAAUUCAGAAAUUCAAUUUUUAUAUUUAAGUUCUUUAUGAACUGCAAUAGAAGUGCUAUUUUAAAAGUUCCAAAUUUUUAUGAAAACGAGUUAACCUAUACAUUGGUGCAAGCUAACUAAUACUUAGCUUUAUUUACCAGUCAGUCAUAUAGUUACAUUGUAUAUAGCGCAGCACACUAAAAUAGUUUAUUGGAGUGGGUAAAAUAGGCCUAGGCUAGGCCUGGUACUGUAAAAAGACUGGCCGCGCCAGUACAAGGGGUCGGUCUGCUUCGAAUUCAAAUUGACCCUAGUCCACUGUGGGAGUACUAAGCUGGUUUGAUAUCGUAUCCAUUAAUAGCGCUAAAUCAUUUCAUUUGAACAUAAGUCAUCCUUGCAUGUACAUGCCUUGUUAAUGUACAUGUCCUGUUAUUGUACUGCUAGUGCUGUACAUACCUUGUUAUAUGUUUUUAAACAAACGGCUGUGAGAGUUCUUAAAUAUAUUUACAUAAAAUAUACCGUUUAUAUGUUCA